UCUCGCGAGAUCUUCGAAGAUUGGCACUAUUGGCAGUACUGUUUCAGGAUUGACAAGAAGAAAGAAGACAAACAGGAGAACAACAAAAAGGAACCUGUUGUGCACAGAAGGUAGUGGAAUGAAUACACGCCGCGAAUACAAAUGCCAUAAUGAAUACCAAAACAAAUCAUGAAUACGCUUCAAAUUCAUAUAACGAAGGUACUAAUUUAUUCGUUUUAUACACAACUAACGCAGUUUCUCGUCUUUUUAAUAUAGGAUUACGUGCUAGCAUAUAAUAUACAAUGAUUUUUAAGCAGUAAGUAAGGUAGAGAUAAAUUGUGAAAAACCGUCUGCUGGGCGUCCUUAUGGCGUCUGCUAGAGUGACGCUUGAAGAAUAAUUUCGCAUUAUUUGAUAAAAAAUAGAAAUUCUUAUUUUUCUGAUAAUAUCCAAGCGAUUUACGCAUUAAGAAAAUAAAUAACUUUACGCUACUGUUUUCUAAUAAAAAAGGUAUUAUGGGAAGCGAUAGUCCUGCUGCUUUGUUAGAUAUGCUUGCAGAAGUUGCAUCUCAAACACUAAAUUCAGAAAAGAAACGUAACAAAUUGUUGAUACUACCACCGCAGUGCAAGUCGAAGGCAGAUCACGUGAAGAGGAAGAGCCAUGAAUCAUCCUUCAAUGUGCCACAACUUCUAUCUAUGCCUACUACUCAACUGAUUAAAUUAUUUUCCAUUUUUACAAGCGAUGAAUUGAAGAGGCAAUACUCAUAUACAUGUGCUCUGAUUGUUGGAUGUGGCCAGAAGUACACUAGUUUUGCAAGCGAGGAAAGAGCGAGAAUGUCUAUUAAGAUUCAUUUAGCAGAGCACUUGGAAUACUUAGAAUCCAAUAAGGAAGCCUAUAAAACGUUUAUUGCAAAGUCAGUCGGACAUAAAAGUUACAAAGCAAACGCCCAAAAUAAAAAGGGUAGAUUCCAACAGUUAAGGAAACCGCAAGAAACAUUGAAUAAGGAAAACAAGAAUAUUAUUACGGAAAAGCCAACAAAUUAUUUAAGGAGUAUUCUGCUGAAUGACUCGACUUUUAAGGAGUUGGAUAAAAACAAAAAUGUUGAAAAGAGAGAGAAUUCUAAAAAGGUGCAUAAUGCAGAAGAUAAGGAUACGGAUAUAAUAGAUUCUAAGACCUUUGGAGAUCACAGUUAUUCUGAACGCUUAAAAGAAGAAAACCCUAAUGAAAAGGAAGCACCAUAUAAUAAUAAUCCUGGAACAACAUCAGAUGAGAAUAUUGUUCUUAUGGUCGUUGGUACUGACAGUGUACAUAUGAAAGAGUAUACUCAUAUUAAAAAAAAAUUGCCAGAGAAGAGCAAUAAAAAAUCUGAAGGUAUUUAUUUGCCAGAUAUAUCAUGGUCAAACGAAGAUAAUGACAAACAUACAGAGAUUACAAUUACUAAACCUAAAGGAAAAGCGAAGUUUAUAGGCACUAGUAAAGAGGAAAGGGAAAUGGCGUUGGCUUUCAUGGAACGCAUUAAGAAGAAAGGAAAUCCUACAGGAAACAAUCUUGAAUGUCGAAUAUGUAAUCCUCCACGAAGUUUCACAGCACCUACGACGUUGGUGUCCCAUUACCGAAGUCACGCGGGAAUAAAACCGUACGAGUGUCGUAUAUGCAGGGCAGUCUUCACCCGAAGACAUAGUUUGAAAUAUCACAUGCUAAUUCAUCAAAAUCAAACUCGAUUCACGUGUGCUGACUGUGGGAAAAAGUUCAGACAUCCGUCGCAUUUUAGAGAGCAUCGGCGUAGGCAUACCGGCGAAGCACCAUUUGGAUGCGAUGAUUGUGGACAACGAUUUAAAACAAGAAACACUUAUAAACGGCAUUUAAAAACGAGACACGGGAAAGUCCUAACUACUACCGGGGAAUUGUUAUAUCUUUCUGAAGAAGAUUUUCAGAAAGUUAAAACCAACAGGAAAAAGAAGAAUGAUAUAAAUAAGGAUUAUGUAAUGGAUGACGAUGUAUCUGCAACGAACACAAUUAUACGCUAUGAAAACGAAAGCGGUGCAACUAAAGAAGAAUAUAUUAUAAAUAACGACGACACUGAUAGCGAUAAAAAUUGGGAAUCGAGCAACACGAUAAAAGUGAUUGAGAAUUGCUUCGAGACUUAUGAGGUUUGUCCGGAAUCUCAUUCAGAUAAGACUGAUUCUGUAGAGACUGAAAUACCUAUAGGAAACAGAACUUCUAACAAAGAUGAAGACAGCUCGUCGGAUCAGUACACAGACGAAGUACAUAAUAAAUCGCAACAUUUGCAAGGUACUUCUUACAUUAAGUUAGAAGUGAUUGAAGAUGAUAAUGUAUGUCACAAUAGUACUGGUCAACAUGAAAUAAUUUAUCAUGAUAUAAAUCAGGCGUCACCGUAUAUUCGAGUGGAAUAUAAUGAUUUCGUGAAUGAUAUAGUGACUACGGAUAGUUUAGAACUUGAUGAAAGUUUCGAAUUGUCGGAACAACAGCUUAACAAUCGCGCACAGAUAACUGACGAUAACGAAGAAAAUUAUUUUGAUUUUGGGUCCAAUGAUGCUGUGGAUGAACUGCAAGCAAGCACACGUACUAAGCUAAAUGACACAAAUAAAGAUAAGCACAUAAUAGUUACUCAGGAAGAUAUUAGAUAUGAGAAACAGGACAGUGAUAUUAACACUCUUAAUUGUAAAUCGUUUGAUGAGCUGACCCAUGAAGUUACUAUGUCAGAGGAGCUGAUAAGUUUAAAUGCUUUGGAAGAUGUAAAUGUAGUUACUGACAAAGUAAUGUCGGUACAAAAUACUUCAGCAGAUCAAGACGAAAGUUGUACGAUACAAGCAGAUAACCAACUGCACAGUUAUCAAACAGUUAUUACAAAUUUGAUAAAUAAUCGAGUCACACCAUCCUCGAACUUUAUCUCUGAGGAGGGUAAAAAAGCAUCGAAUUCAAUGGAACAACGCUUGUAUCUUCAUAAUGAACCCAUUGCGAGUAUAAUAGUUCAAGAUAAGUGCAUCAAUAUACUUCCACAAAUUAAACCAAGAAAGCAAUUAAAUAAAAGGCAAAAAUUCACACUUUUCAAUAAACAUAUGCAAGCUGUUAAUAUAAAACAGAAUGGAAAUCAAAAUACGAUUUUGUUUUUAACUAGUGAUACAUUGCAAAACAAUGUAUUUAAAGUUGAUCAAAACAGCACUGCCAAUAAUGGAAUUAAAAAGGGAAGAGUUGAGAAAAGUAAGUAAUCUUUGAAUAAUAAAAGUAUCGUUUUCAUUGAAAGCAAUAUAACUUAAAAUUAAAUUAACUGCUGCUAUAAAAAUAUAAGCAAAUGAUAAAGAAGCACUGUUAGUAUGUAAUAUAUAAUAUUUCGAUUUCUUGCAUAUGUAAAUAUUAUUAGAAAGAAGAGUAGACUCACUAAUGUUUUAUCAGGAGAUUAUCAGGAGAAAAUAAUUGCGUUGUAAUAUAAAUAGUGAUUCGAAGAGAAAACUUCUGAGAAAUGAAUAAAAUAUUUUUACAUUAUUUUGAAAUAUACAGUAUUAGCGUAGCUUUUUUAUAUGAAUAAAAGUCAAAUCAAAAUCAUGUAAGAAUGCAUUUAUUGCUUUCAAGUGAAUUAUUUUUAGAAAUGUUCGGAGUGUAAUCCCUUAUAAAAAUAAAUUACGCAUGUUACAAAAUCA